AUGUCUGGAAAUUGGGACGAUUCAGAGGAAGAUGUUGUGUCAACACCUAUUGCUGUUCCAGGAAAGUGGGAUGAUGAAGAUGUCGAGGACAAUGUUAAAGAUUCUUGGGAUGCUUCUGAUGACGAAAAAGAAACUCUUGCAAAGACUGUUGCUGCUACUGUCAAACCCACCACAGUUGCUCCAGUUAAAGUAAAUAAAAAAAAAGCCUUGGCCCAAAAGAUUGCUGAGCGAAAGGAAGAAGAGAGGCGUAAAACCCAGGAGUCGAGUAAUCCAACCAAUGAUGUUGUUUCUGCAGAAUCCGAUCAGCAGCGUAAAGAGUUACUGGCUCGCUCAGUGAGAGAAUCCGAUUUGGAAAAUGCAAGGGCUUUACUUGGAGAUCUUGCACUGACAGGCGGACUUUCUACUACUGAAGGUGCGAUUGAAUCAUUUCAUCCCGAGUCCCGUGGCGAGUUUGACGAUUUUGUCAAAGUGAUUAUGAAAAAGUUUUCCACACUCGAGGAUCAAGUCCAGUACACAUACUUUGUCGAGUCUUUGAUUCGAGAAUUGGUUAUACCAAUUAAUGUAGAAGAUACACGACGCAUCUCAUCAUCCCUAACAGCCAUGAUCAAUGAAAAGCAACGCGUUCUUAAAGAGUCACAGAACAAGGGUAAAAAGAAGGCUGCAAAACAGGUUCUCAAGACUGCACCAGCAGGAAGAGGUGACACGACCAACUAUGAUGAUGUGUAUGACGAUUUUGAUGAUUUUAUGUAGUAAAUGAAGCAAGACUGAGAACUGAGCAUUCACUAA